GCUAAUUUACCUUUUUAUAGAUAAUUUGCUUCUCGCACAUUCAUUUACAGAAUCAACAGAAGACGUCGUCAUAGAAAUGUGUACGCGGAACAUCAUGAGAGAGUGUUGCACCGUGUUUGUGACAUUGUGAAACUCGGUAUUAAGGUAAAACCUUACCACACUUCCAGAUGAUCACAAGAUAACACUAGCAGUGUGUAGCUGCCGCGACACUGACAUGGCAGGGGGGACAACCCAGGUGAUCGAUGCUGAGCUGGCCCAGGUCAGACAGAGGCUAGUGGGCAUCGAGGGAGUCAAACUAGAGGCUUCUGUCCGGGAACUGGUCAGGGUGUCUGUAUAUGUGACAGAGCAGAAACAAGUGACCAUCCAUCUGAUGUUCCCGGAGAACUACCCACACCAGCCCAUCGUGGUGGAGCUGAAGAGCAAGAGUCUAUCCUUCAAGCUGCUGGACGGCCUGUGUAAGAUGUGUGAUGAGGAGGCCCGCAAGAAUGUGGGACAGCGACAGGUGGUGUUGAUGGUGAUGUUUGUGAAGACGUUCCUUCAGGAAAACCCGCUGUGUGUGUGUAACGAAGAGAUCUCAUACAUCAAACGCAAUCUCGUGUCUGAAGAUGACAAAGUCAUUUUAAAACAAAAGACUUCACAAAUUGUGAUAAAAGUGAAGCAGGGAAGCUAUUUCAUGAAUCUCCGAGUAACUGUGCCGAACGACUAUCCUGUGCACCAAGUCCAAUGUGAGAUUGAGGACUGCAACUUUCCACCAUUAUUAAAGACAUUUUUCCAGGCACAAGCCAUUGAGAUUUCCCGACAAUGUGUCCAACCUCCGCUCAAGAAAAAACCAAAAGACCCUCCAUUCCAGCCCAAGCCAUCACUUCGUCCCGUGUGCGAGUUCCUCAUCCGAGACUGCUGCAAGCGCUACCCGAAGGAAGCCUGUCAGCUGUGCAAGGACAAUGUCCUGUCUGAAGACCCUGAGGCCCCAACACGAGAGCCGAAGAAGAGACUAGAGCGUGUGUACUGCGGCCACCUGUUUCAUUCUGGAUGUCUCAACACCUACAUGAAGACUCCACCUUUCAUAGGAGGCAAGAAGUGUCCAGGAUGUGGUUGUCAGAUCUUUCAUGAGAAGUGGAAAGUUUCCCCAGAGCUGGCCGAGGCACGCUGGGCUCACAAACAGGCACGACAGAGGGAGCUGGCCGAGGUAGUGGACUUCCUGGAGUGACACAGAUUACAGCGAGAACAACACUGGCAACAGCACACCUUGCUUGACACAUGGGAACACAACCAGAGAACUAGAAACACACACAGCAUCAACUUUUGUAAGGGGUGCUCAAGUGGAUACCAUCACUCCACACAACUGAUGGAGACGUGGUCGACUUCAAGACAGUACACUCUGUGCCAUAGAUAUUUCAGUUGCACUGCUAGUUUAAAGAAACACUAUGUAUUCUUGAUAUCGUUAAUUGAUCUUGUUAAGGUUGUCACUGAGGUCUACAACACGGCUUUUGUCUGUUCUGUAUUCAUUAUUAGGUUGCUGAUGUGUCCUACAUGGCAAGCUUGUCAAGCCUUGGUAACUCAUUAUUGUCAACCUGCUUGUACAAAGCCGGCCACUAUGACAUACUGGUCAUGUAAUGAAAUACCAAUCUGUCUGUAGGAAAAGGAAGGAUGGUAUUGUAGAGAUUUGUGCCACUGGCUUGGAGGUCAACUAUUGUGUCAACUCUGUGUUAUAAGAUUCAUAAUAAACCUGUGAUUUUUAUUAUAAA